AUGAUGUGCCUGGAGAGCGGCGGCUCCGCGGCCGGCAGCCCGGGCUGCAGCGGGCGGCUCCGAGCGGGGGACGAGGAGGAGGAGGAGGAGGGCGAGCGGGGCUGCUGCGGCCGGAGCGCCGAGGGCGAGGUGCAGACCCUGUCGGGCAGCAUGAACCCCCCGCCCGCGGGCAAGAGCCCCGAGCGCCUGGCCCCCCGCCACAAGCCGCCUAGCCUGGGCAGGGCCCGGGUAGCGGCCGCCGGCAUCCUCAGCGUGGGCAACGUGCUCAACUACCUGGACAGGUACACGGUGGCAGGUGUAUUGCUAGACAUCCAGCAGCAUUUUGGAGUUAAAGACAGUGGGGCUGGCUUGCUACAGACAGUUUUCAUCUGUAGUUUCAUGGUGGCAGCACCUAUAUUUGGUUACCUUGGUGACCGCUUCAAUAGGAAGAUCAUUCUCAGCUGCGGGAUCUUCUUCUGGUCAGCUAUCACCUUUUCAAGCUCCUUCAUCACUGAGCAGUAUUUCUGGCUCCUCGUCCUCUCACGAGGUUUGGUUGGCAUCGGUGAAGCCAGUUAUUCCACCAUCGCUCCCACCAUCAUAGGAGACCUUUUCACCAAAAACACCAGAACCCUCAUGCUGUCUGUCUUCUACUUUGCAAUCCCUCUUGGCAGUGGUUUGGGAUACAUCACUGGAUCAAGCGUGAAGCAAGUAGCAGGAGACUGGCAUUGGGCGUUGCGGGUAUCUCCACUCCUAGGCAUGAUAACAGGGACACUCAUCUUGAUAUUUGUACCUGCUGCUAAAAGAGGCAAUGUGGAACAGCUUGGGGGACAGCUGAAGGCUCGGACCUCGUGGCUAAGAGACAUGAAGGCACUGAUCAGAAACCGCAGCUAUGUGUUCUCGUCGCUGGCCACCUCAGCUGUCUCCUUUGCCACAGGGGCACUGGGCAUGUGGAUCCCCCUCUACCUUCACAGGGCACAAGUUGUGCAGAAAACUGUCGAGACCUGCAGUUCGGAGCCCUGCGGCACCAAGGACAGUUUGAUCUUCGGAGCAAUCACGUGCUUCACUGGUUUUCUGGGCGUGAUCACAGGGGCUGGGGCAACCAAAUGGUGCCGGUUAAAAACCCAGCGAGCUGACCCCCUGGUCUGUGCCGUCGGCAUGUUAGGGUCGGCCAUCUUCAUCUGUCUGAUCUUCGUUGCUGCCAAGAGCAGCAUUGUGGGAGCCUAUAUUUGCAUUUUUAUCGGAGAAACUCUUCUGUUUUCAAACUGGGCAAUCACAGCUGACAUACUAAUGUAUGUGGUUAUCCCGACACGACGCGCGACUGCAGUGGCCUUGCAGAGCUUCACUUCGCACCUACUGGGAGAUGCUGGCAGUCCCUACCUGAUUGGAUUCAUCUCAGACCUGAUACAACAAAGCACAAAGGAGUCCCCGCUCUGGGAGUUCCUCAGCCUGGGCUACGCGCUCAUGCUCUGCCCAUUUGUCGUCGUCCUCGGAGGGAUGUUUUUCCUGGCCACGGCCCUCUUCUUUCUAAAUGACCGCACCAAAGCUGAACAACACUACAUGUUUUUCAGUAAGGAAACCGAUUCAGAUCACUUCACUGUUGGCAACUACAGUAACUCAGAAGACGCUUCCACAUGA